AUGCGACACAUGCAGGCGGUAUCUGCUGAGUCUGAACAAGCGAAUGGUCGGAUCGAUACAUCCCUGGCACUUGCGUCAAACAAUGGUGAUUUGGAACUUCGUAAUGACACUACUGAGUCAGCUCAAACUGUGCACUCAGUCCUGCCAUGGAGACAGCCGAACGCAGAAGAUGUAAAGACUGACUGUUGUACAAGAGCGCAGGUCAUGUGUUGCACAGAGUCCAAGUCCAACACGACGCAAACUACUUCGGAUGAAACCGAUACCGAACCCAAUUUGAUAUCUUGGCUGACGGACAGCUGCAUGCAGUCAACCACCUCAAAUGGACAGAAUCACAAGUUAGCUUCCGUUCACUGUGAAAAUGAGUAUAUCAUGCAUCAUCGAGAAACCACUUACGCUCAUCAUAAACACUGUCUCCAUUUGCAUCUCCGCCAACAACCAUGUAGUCCACCCUAUGGAUAUAGUGCUGCAUUUUCGGCCACAGAAAACCAAAAGUUGGCCCAAUCAAGACUUUGCAGUGAACUACCUCCCAGUAGUAGUGACGCGCAUAUCAACACUCCGCCGGACUUCGGUGCAUCUCACUUUCGGGAUUUAUAUCCACACCAUCACCACCAUUACCAUUAUUUCCACCACCAUAAUUCUCAAAGGCCUUUAUCUCUACCGCGAGAGCAAAUAUCCGAUGCUGCCGUUCUUCCACACACUCGUACAGAUAGGCUGGUGGAACUCCCUUCUAUGCCAGGCCUACUCACUCAGGGAAAAUUGAAGCGAUUUGGUGACUUCCACAUUCAAAGUAGGACAGAAACUGAAUCUGAAUUUGAAGAAGCCCUGCAUAGUUUGAAAAUGCGGGUCUGGGAAUGGUUAAAUGGAGUACAAGACUGUGCU